CGUCGUCCUCCGGAACCCCUCAUUCUCCGCGUGUCCCCGAUCAGAGUUCCGUUUUCUAGUGACAAUUUCUAGUGUGUACCCAUGAUCCCGCCAUCAAUAGCCAAGCUUUUUGUUGGCUGUUGUUGAUCUCGGGAUCGGGAGACGUAAGCAUCAGCAAUGCAUGUGUGAAUGAACGGAAGAAUGCUAGCAAGAGUCCAUGGACCUCUGCGUGCAUCCUGACGUGAAACCACGGAGCUUCCCCUAUGACUCGUAGAUCUAUGAGUAUGAGUCGAGUGCGAAGGUACCGCGCCGGUAUCCAGAAAAGGUGUAACGCCAGCGCGUGUGCAUUCUCGCACCUUGUGAUGAGUGCCUGAUAAAAGCGUGACUCCCUUCUAAAAUCCAUUUUCUGUUUCGUCUUCUCGUGUGUACGGUCAUGUACAUGCAUGUGUGCGUAUGUUCGUUGUCCGUUUGUUUGCUGUCUUUGCAGUCCUGCAGGCUGGACCUUUGCCGUGAAGACAUUCAAUUUCCGUGUCAUCGCGUCCACCUAGCGCUCAUCUAAACUCCCGAAAUCAUUUCCUCUGAGAUGGAGCCUUCGCUCGCAUUCCCCGCGUGGCUUGCGCAGUCGGCCAUCCUCUUGAGCGCCAUGUAUCAAGUAUGCUCAGCAAUGCCAGUCUACAAGGAAUGCUCGCCGGCGCAGGCGGAGAGGAUGCGCUGUCAACAAAGGAUGAUCUGCCUGGUACACAUAGCGUACGGUAGAAGAGUGGAGACGUUCUGUAUGGACAUAGAAAGUUUCAAAAUUUUCUCGAAUGCCGGUAAUCCCGCCGGACGACCGGCUACUCGAGCGGCCGCGCCGUCGACCUCACACCCAGACGCUGUUGAUGCCCGUCAGCCCGCGGAGCACACGACGACCGCGGCGCCACGGCAACGCAGCACGCAAGCACCUCCGCCGCCGCCGCAGCUUUCCAACGGGCACUCUCGCGAUCGCCGUGACCGCACGCAGCUGAGCAGCCUCCAGCAGCGCCACGUCCACCCGCAGCCGGUGCAGCGCCUGGACCACGGCAGAAUGCUCACCAAGUCGUCUGAUCAGAGAAGUCGCACCUCGCCGGACCAAAGCUCAGACCUUCGCCGCCCAACCAACCGGUUCCCGCCAGUCGACCAAGUACGAGAUGCGUGUGCGGCGUGCAGGCGAUACAACACGACCCACACCUCGUUCAAGCGGGACAUUCUCACCGCCGAGCGAAUAUGUGCAAGCGACUUUGUUUUCAAGGUUCGCGCCGUGUCCUCGUUCAAUAACCGCCAGUCUGUGCAAGUGCUGGUAGUGUACCGUCUCAAGCACUUACCAGCACUGUCUGCACCGAACAUCACCAAUAUCUACCUGGAGAACACAAUGCACUCCACACUGAAUUUCGUAUCCAGACCAUGUCUGUGUAGAACAAUACACCCAGGACAUGAUUACCUCAUUACCGGCAAGGAUGACAUCACCGCCAAGCAGUUCACCGUCACCCGGGAGGACCUGGUGCUGGACUGGUCCAAUCGCGUUGGCCGGCGAACGUUGCGAUUCGUACCGCAGUGCUUCAGCAGCGAAUGAUGGCACUAUGGUACGGCCCAUCUGAUCUCUCGCAGGACACAGCUCUCAGUGUGUGUGUGUGUGUGUGUGUGUGUGUGUGUGUGUGUGUGUGUGUGUGUGUGUGUGUGUGUGUGUGUGUGUGUGUGUGUGUGUAAGGCUGACUGUUAUAUCUCGACAACACACUGGCGGUUACAUCUCCGCAACAGGCUUACGGUUACAUAUUGACACCUCUUCAGGGCGGCACAAGCAGCUUCCACGGCCAUUUGAAGCUUCCGAUCAGUACUUGAGCAAUUACCAAUGUCGUCCUUAAAAGGAUUGCUGCUGAUCAAGCCUGAGGGAGAAUGUCCGUCUUCUGGAACCUGAGAUUCAUCUCAACAGCUGUGUCCGAUAGCCCAUGGCAGAGACGUGACCAGCAUAGGUGGAGUAUCUUGCUGCCUGUGCUGUUUCUCAAAGUCCCUACACCUUCAUCACACCGUAUAGAAGUGGAAACGACUGUGCUCUGGGGGGUCCGUAUCGCAAGUGCUGCCCAAUGUCUGCUACACAUAUAUACGGUGCAGCAGCAUGGAGCUUGAGACACAUACUGUUGGACUUGCCGUGAGCCACAGCCUUACCACACAGGUGUCAGAAAACUCUACGAUUAUCAAGAACUGCCAUCAUGACUACGAAUGGCUCGAUCUGAGAAUGGACUCAAAUCAACUAAGGCUAAAUCUGCAGGACAUUGACCGCUACAUAAUUGCCACGAACCGUGCGUGUGAACAUUGAUGACUAAAUUGCUAAUCCGCUGGGCCUGCUAUAUAUGCCGUUGGCGAAACAAGACUAUCAUUGAAUGGGAGGGAACAUUGAGAUUCCGUUGACAUUAAAAUUAUGUUUCUUUGC